GGUAUUCCUGUGGUUCACCUCAAUAGUCUGAUUUGUCUUACUCUUCUCGUCGUUGCAUCCAUAACUCUGGACUGAUUAACACAUGCUUCAUUUUGUACGUUUCCAAAUAAUAAUUUUAGUUAAUGAAACACUUUUUGUCAGAAAAUAAAUACAUAUAAAUUACCAACUGCGUUACCCACUCUAGUCAGCAGAUGGCAAUGUGCGUCUUUCAGGCGAUGCUGCUAGUCUGACGUAUAAUCUAGUGGACGGGACGAUUGUUCAACAACAACAAAAUCUGGUCAACCAUCUCGGUAGCUUGCUAGCCAACAUAGCCGAAAUAUUGGAGCUCUUUAGACGCUUUCGGUGAUUAUUAGCCACUGUGUUUGAAACAUUUCCGUCUUAUCUACUAGUUGCCCCAUUUAAUUGCAAUUGUUGUUGUUAGUCAGCUAACUUUACUGUCUGGUUACAGUAGAACUAGGCUAGUCGCUAGCUAACUAACAUCAUCGACCAUGAGCUCACUAAUGUACUACCCCCCUGCUAAAGAAGAGGUCUGUUGGACGGAGAAAGAAACUAUCGUGAAAGUGGAGAACGAAGAAGAAGCCGUCACCGUAAAAAAAGAGGUAGAGGGUGAGUCUGUUACAGUGAAAGAUGAAGAGAAAGAAGUUGCAGUGAAAGAAGAGAACGAAGCUUUCCAAGUGAAAGAGGAGGACGUUACUGUGAAAGAAGACAAAGAGGAAAAGAGAAAUGAGGAUGCCGUUUUUGGAGUUAAUGAGGAAGAGAAUGAUAUGACUGUCGCAGUGAAGGAAGAGCAAUACGUUUUUGGAGUGAAGGAGGGGGAGAUUACUGUCACAUUGGAGGAGGAGACUGGCGAUCUGAUUAGCACCAGGGAGAGACCAGGCUCUUACUCUGAAAGUGGGACGAGUCCCUCAGAGGAACCAGACCCAGAGACGUCCAAACCAGCAAGACCACAUCACUGCUUUCAGUGUGGAAAGAGAUUUAUCCAGUUAGGGCACCUGAAAGAACAUAAGAGAAUGCACACAGGGGAGAAGCCUUACCACUGCUCCCAAUGUGAAAAGAGAUUUUCCUCAUCAGGGUCCCUGAAAUCACACGAGAGAACACACUCAGGAGAGAAGCCUUUCCAAUGCUCCCAGUGUGGAAAGAGUUUUACCCGGUUAGGGAGCCUGAAAAAACAUGAGAGAAUACACACAGGAGAGAAGCCCUAUCAAUGUGCUGAGUGUGUAAAGAGUUUUAGCUGGUUAGAGCAUCUAGAAGAACAUAAAAGAAUACACUCAUGUGAAAAGCCCUACCAAUGCUCCCAAUGUGGAAAUAGUUUUACCCGGUUAGGGCAUCUGGAAGAACAUACAAGAAUACACUCAGGAGAGAAACCCUACCAAUGCUCCCAGUGUGGCAAGAGUUUUACCCGGUUAGGGAGCCUGAAAAAACACGAGAGAAUACACUCAGGAGAGAAGCCCUACCAAUGCUCCCAGUGUGGAAAGAGUUUUACCCAGUUAGGGAACCUAAAAGACCAUAAGAGAAUACACACAGGAGAGAAGCCUUUCCAUUGCUCUCAGUGUGGAAAGGGUUUUACCCAAGCAGGGUACCUGAAGUCACAUAAGAGGACACACACAGGAGAAAAGCCUUACCAUUGUUCCCAGUGUGGAAAUCACUUCUCCACAUCAAGUAACCUGAAAAAACAUGAACGGAUACACUCAGUAGAGAAGCCAUUCCACUGUUUUCAUUGUGAAAAGACUUUUAAGAAGUUAGGGAAACUGAAACAACAUGAGCAAAGACACACAAGCGAGAAACCUAUUUCAACUGCUCCUCCUGUGGAUUGAAAUGUACCUGUUUAAAGCAACUGCAAUCACAUAAAAUAAUCCACACUAGAGAGAAAAUGUAUCAAUGCUCCCAGUAGCUAGGUUUCCAUCCAAUUUGUGACAGAUUUUCAUGCGAAUAUUCAAAAAUAUGCAUGAAAAUAUUCACAUUUUCCCAACAGAGGUGCAUUUCCAUCAAACUGACUUGUUGCAAAUAAAAAGCUAUAUUUGAUGACAUAGUGCACAUAAAAAGCACUAAGUCGUAUAACUUUUAAUUUAGGCCUACCAAAUAAAUAAAAAAAUGUAAUGUUUCCAUCCCAUUUUUAUCUCUAUCUCAAGAUCAUUUUUAUUUGUCAAUUGGCAGCCAAGCACCGAUCAUCAUGUCGCCAGCAUACAAAUUAAGACACACAAUAUUUAUUGGACAGCAUCAAGCUCAUCACCGUGCACUUUCACCACCAUGGUAAUUCAAUCAUAACUUAUUUCAUGUGUAGCCUAAUAAAUUGCAUGCUUUUUGAAGUCGUGAUGCACAACAUAUCAUCAUGUCACUGCAACUUUGCUUCGACAUGAUGGUUAUUCUAUCAAUAUUUGUGCAUAAAAGUGUUUUCACCAGAAUUGUUCCGUAGUUAAUUUUACAGACACAAAAAAUCCCACCAAGUUGAACAAACAAGUUGUCCAUCGGAAUUUAUGAAAUUGUACCAACACUCCCUGUUUCUAUCACAUCUGUUUUGAAUUUGUUUUUAUAUGGCAUGACUUUACUCGCAUAAAAAUAUUGGAUGAAAA